UUUGGCAGGGUCGCCUCUAUUGUUGCGGCUUUUACAGUUAACACAGUUUACUGAAACUGCUGGAGCUACUUCUCUAAGCUCGAACUGCAGCAAUGAGAGGAGACGCUACCCACUGGGACGAAAAUGCUUACAGGGAAGUCAUAUUGAAGGAGAGGGAGAUUGAAACCCGAACCAUUUUUAGAACCGCCUGGGCUCCUACCCGAAACCCGAACGCUGAUACCCUCGUUGUUGCGUCAAGCGACGGAUCCAUCGCCUCUUAUUCUAUUCCUUCAAUCAUCUCUAACCUCCCGUUUGGUCUUACCAACAUAAAGACACAAAAAUUGUUUGCUGAACCAACUUGCUUCUUUCAAGGGCACGAUGGACCUGCUUAUGAUGUCAAAUUUUACCGGGACGAUGAAGAUGCUCUGUUAUUGAGUUGUGGUGAUGAUGGUCGGAUUCGAGGAUGGAGAUGGAAGGAACUUGUAGGAUUAAACGAUUCUUCAUCUUUGGCUGGAAGUGGUAUCAAGCCUUUGCUUGAGCUGGUGAAUCCUCAACACAAAGGUCCUUGGGGUGCCCUUUCACCUAUUCCUGAGAAUAAUGCUAUUGCUGUUGAUACUAAGGAAGGAUCUGUUUUCACUGCUUCUGGUGUCUGCGCAUAUUGUUGGGAUGUGGCUACUGGUAAAAUGAAAACUGUAUUUAAGGGGCACUUGGACUACUUGCAUUGUUUAGUUGCCCGAAACUCAGCCAAUCAGAUUAUAACAGGUUCAGAGGAUGGGACUGCACGAAUUUGGGAUUGCAAAAGUGGAAAGUGUAUCAAAGUGUUUGAUCCUGCAAAAGAUUUGAAGUCAAAAGGAUACGUUUCAUGGAUUAGUUGUGUUGCAUUAGAUGCAAGUGAGAGCUGGUUGGCCUGUAGCUAUGGUCGGAAUAUAUCACUCUGGAACCUGCCUGCUUCAGCGUGCAUAUCAAAGAUUCCAACGCGUGCUUCUGUACAGGACAUGUUAUUUGACAACAAUCAAAUAUUGGCAAUCGGUGCGGAUCCUCUACUUAAUCGAUUUGACAUGAACGGUGUGAUCCUUUCACAAAUACAGUGCGCUUCUCCAUCAUCCUUCUCUAUCUCCUUGCAUCCAUCGGGGAUCAUGGCAGCUGGAGGUUAUGGUUCUCUUGUGGAUGUUAUCUCCCAGUUUGGAAGUCACAUGUGUACGUUUCGUUGCCGAAGUCUUUAACUGGAGUUAUUUGGUGUAUUUUGUCUUGAAGAAUAUUUGUAGGCUGCGGUUCUUUCGUUAAUGGGAGAAGUUUUCCUUACUGCGCAUUUUAUGGACCGGAGAAGUUUACGUUUAAUGGAAAGUUAUGAAUUAUUCUUGCCUUCAA